AUCAAAAACGCGUCUCCAUUUGACACGCGACAACCGCACUGCAGCGUUGUCCUACUCCAUACCAUUACCAGUACUAGUCUCUACACAUAGAUUAUGCGCGAGCAAUUCCGUCAUUAGGCGUGUUUAAGCGUGUAUCGAUAUACGAUGAAGCGCGACCUGGUCGACAAGCCUCCCUCGAACAAGAGAAGAAAGUUGACAGAAGACAUCCCAUCAGAGUCUCAGUCUCCUGCACAAAGCCGCUUAUCAGAAUCUGCAAAAGCAGAUCUAAUACAAUGGCUGGAUCAAGCUGACAAGAAAGAUGGACCUAUCUUUACUGUUGUCGUCCCUCCGAUCACCAAAAACGCAAAAUCUCAUCCCGACGUCGUGGAACGUCCCCUAACUCUAAACGACAGGAACUAUCUGGAAGCUCGAUGGACCAUCACGCCAAUGGAGAAGUGGUUGAGCAUGACCAAAUACAAGAAAUUCACAGUAGGAAAUCAGACUCAUUCAUGCGGAGAUUGUGUCCUCGUCAAACCAGGAAACGAAUCCGAUCGGGAUUGGAAAGCUCAAGUCCAUGAGGUUCGGGCUGCGGAUGAACAUCAUGUCUUCCUUCGUUGCACCUGGCUCGAAAAUCCCGAAGAGCUACCUGCGAAGGUGCGUAGCACGCCACCAUAUCACGGUCGGUUUGAACUGGUUCCGGGUAACAAGAUGGACAUCAUUGAUGCCUUGACUGUAAAUGGACCUCUCAAGGUUGUCUAUUGGGACGAAGCCAACGACAACGAAGACGCCGAGAUGCCAGCGCCUGGCGAUCAUUACUGGAGACAGACAUAUAACUACUAUACUAAUGUCUUGUCGCCGCUACGCCUCAUCUGCCGAUGCAAGCGGCCACAACAUCCAGACCAGGUCAUCAUCAAGUGUAAUAACCAAGCUUGCGGAAUCUGGCUGCAUGCUUCCUGCCUGGCCCAGAACGCUAUUGAGAGUAAACAACGCAACGGAUCGAGCGCGAAGAUUGGCAAACGGGCACGUAAAUCUAUCAACAAACCGAACGGCAUUGAAUAUGCUGUUGACGACGAUGGGACCUGCGCAGAAGAUGAGACCACAAAGGCAGAGGUCCUGGCUCCGGAGUCAGGGGCACCUGAGCUUUUGAUCACUGACAAGAAGACUGGCGAGGAGACCAAAGAAGCGAUACCAUGUUUGCUUUGUAAGAAACUUCUUGAUUAAAGAGAUCGGUACGCACGCCUUAAAGAAGGGCGAGGUCCAGGACAGGGUUAUGUAGAGAUUGAAGAGAGAUGUGUCUCCCUACUGCUUCGCUGUAUCCUUGCGUGGAUGGAGAUGAAAACAUAGUUUAGCUACAUAUUAACUUGGCUGGUCAGCAAUCACUGGCUGUCAAGACGCAUGAUUGUCAUGACACCCUAUCCUUCUAGCAUCCCUAUUACAGACAGCCUCCUGUUUUGGUCAAUAGAAUCGCGAACCCGUAUCAGGCUGGACCAGUGUUUGUAGCAGAGCUGGAUCAGGCUGAAGUAGUAAAAGCAGCUAGCUGGCGAAACGCGUGAAACGGUCAUUAUCGAGUCAAGACCGUGCAACGAGC